GGUCACCACUUUCACUUGGAACAUUUUAACAUGACAAAUAAAGACAGAGCCUAUGAUACAACGAGAAGCGCUUCCACAUCAAACUCAGGGUGGGAUCUGAGAAAAGUCGUUCGGGAGUCGUCAGUGUGCGCAGCCUUAAUACGCAUGCGCCAGAGCCACUUUCACUACCUGCCACUGAAUCCUGUAUUUCACAUGGGGCAACUGGGACUUCUCAUCCACUUGCGUAAAUGCUGCUGCAGAGUGUUGGUUGACAGUCUCAGGCGACGGGAGGAAAACAAGGCUGCGUUUUUUUUUCUCUCUUCUUUGCUUUUUUACUGAAGGCGUAUCUCUGAUGGAUGCCACUAUGAAGCAGAAAACAUAAGUUGAGCAUUUAUAAGGACGAGACCACUUGUACUUUUCCUGAAGACAGAUAAUCAUCGGUGGGAUGAAGAAUUGAAGUCUUAAAGCUUGUGCCGAUAUGUCUAAACCAAUGGAUCACGUAAAACGUCCGAUGAACGCUUUCAUGGUUUGGUCCAGAGCCCAGCGACGAAAAAUGGCUCAAGAGAACCCAAAAAUGCACAACUCCGAGAUUAGUAAGAGAUUGGGAGCGGAGUGGAAACUUCUAACCGAGUCUGAGAAAAGGCCAUUCAUUGAUGAAGCCAAAAGACUGCGAGCGAUGCACAUGAAGGAACAUCCAGACUAUAAAUACAGACCGAGGAGGAAGCCCAAGACUCUGAUGAAAAAAGAUAAGUUUUCUUUCCCCGUGCCGUAUAAUCUUGGGGAACACGACGCACUCAAAGUGAACGGGCUUUCCGCUGGAGCACUUUCCGACUCUGUACUAGGGAACCCUGAUAAAGCUGCAGCGGCUGCAGCGGCCGCAGCUGCCAGGGUAUUCUUCAACCCAUCCAUGUCCACGAACCCCUAUUCCUUUUUCGACCUGGGAUCCAAGAUGACAGAGCUUUCCCCUCCUUCGUUCCCCUACGCGUCUCCUCUUGGUUAUCCACCGGGAGGCGCGACUGCGUUCACCGACUGGCAGUGUGGGUGGCGGGACGCACACCCACACUCACUCACACCGUCCCCUGGAAACCCGGGCUACAUGAUCCCUUGUAACUGUACAGCCUGGCCCUCAGCAGGACUCCAGCCGCCCUUAGCAUAUAUCCUGCUCCCCGGGAUGGGAAAACCUCAACUUGAACCAUAUCCUGCGUAUGCUGCGGCGUUAUGAUAGGCCACAUGAGACUUUGGAAGAGAAAAAUGAAAUGUGAAACAAACUUACAAGAAAAGAAAGAGAGAAAAAAAAAAGCUAAUCAUGCAAGAGUUUUAUUAUGCAUGCACAAACUUGUACAUGUGAUGAAGUGCUCGUCGUCUCAGAUAUCACAUGUGUAUGUAUAUUGAUUAAUGCCUUUAUCUAAGGUGAUGCUUAUUUAGAGAACUCUCUAACCUAUUUAGCCUAUGACCGAGCCAUCACCUCUCCCAGCCCAGAGGAAAAAGGACUAAAAGGAUGGUAGAAAUGCACAGAUUUAAGAGGAAAAAGGGUAGAGCUGUCUGCCCCAUGUGAAUACUCUUUUUUUUUUUUUUUUUCUUCCAAGGUACCCUGUUUGAUUUCUAUCUCUUGAAAGUUGCACCUGCUUGACUAACCUGUUGGAAUCAAGAGCAGCAAAAAAUACACAGACCAUGAAUAAAAACAGCGCCAUAUUAAUAAUCACAGGCUCACUACACUUCCUCUGAGAUCAGUUGUUUUAGGCAAAUGGGUUAUAAUUCAUGGAUCAAGGAGGAUUACCACAACCUUUUUUUUUUCUCCUUUUCAAUGACUGUAAAUGUGUACAGACAAAAAUGACUCUAGUUUAUUUGCCGUUAUAGGCUUAGUGUUUGAAAUAGGGCCAGAAACCUAAGUAUUUCACUAGAAUCCCGGUGUAUAUUUUGAGUUUUUAAACCGUUUUAUAGAUGUCUGUAAUAUUUAUUGUUUAGUGGAAUCUAUGGUGAACCAGACAAUUUUAAAAGGAACAAGACUAGUUCUGUAAUAUUUGCACAUGAGCGCAAGAGGAUGUAAUUUAUUUUAAAGGUGAUUUUUUUUUUUUUUUUCCUCAAUUUCAAUGCAUUGCAACCUUUUUCGGAUUUGAUACAAUACACCUUUAUUUCCAAUUCAAAACAGACAAGUUCCUAUACAGGCUUUAUGCAGAUGGAGAAGUUUAUACUUGGAGUUCAUCACUGCUUGAUAUUUUUUUACCCCAUCAUUUCAUUCCUCUUAUCAUGUGCAGAAGAAAAAAAAAACUUUUUAACUAACUCUUAUGGAAUUUGUAUGUUUUGUGUUUUCUUUAACCUCCGUUAUGUAUUUCAAUCUAUUGCUACUGUUCACUUGUUGAGCAAAAGGACUACAAUAAAGCGUAUUCGGAUUAAACGGAA